AUGUCAAAGGCAGAUGUCAGCGAGCCGUUUUACGUGCGAUACUAUUCCGGCCAUUCGGGUCGAUUUGGCCACGAAUUUUUAGAAUUUGACUUCAGAGUCAUCGGUGACGGUCGAAGCGCGAUCGCAAGAUACGCCAACAAUUCCAACUACCGCAAUGACUCGCUCAUUCGCAAAGAGAUGUCUGUCAGCGCCCUCCUCAUCUCCGAGAUCAAGCGCAUUAUCAAGGACAGCGAAAUCACCAAAGAAGACGAUUUGCGGUGGCCACAAAAGAACAAAGACGGAAGACAGGAGCUGGAGAUCAGGCUUGGAAGUGACCACAUCCAAUUCGAGACAGCGAAGAUUGGCUCGUUGGGCGAUGUAACCGACUCGGCCGAUCCAGAAGGACUUAGAGUGUUCUAUUACUUGGUGCAAGACUUGAAGGCCCUGGUCUUCUCUCUAAUAUCUCUUCAUUUCAAGAUCAAGCCAAUUUAA